GUCAAUUUGGUAAGCAACAAGAGAAAGAGAAAAAAAAACAAACAGCUUUUGAGCUCUUGGGGUUUUCUUUUUGGCUUUGGUUUGUUGAUCUGCUGGUGUGGUGGUGGUUCUUGGUGGCGGUGGUGGUGAUGAUGGAGAAGUGCAAGUCAUACCCAGAAUAUUCAUCGUCUUUCUCUGGAGAAUUUGGGUUCGAAGAUGGAUCAAAUUCGUACAGCUUCAACGGGCCAUGUAAUAAAGGAAACGGAUUUGCAACAUCAAACGAUCCAGAGAUGAAGAGAAAGAAGAGAAUAGCUUCAUAUAAUGUGUUCACCAUGGAAGGGAAGCUUAAAUCUAGCGUAAGAAACAGCUUCAAGUGGAUCAAGAACAAGUUCGGUCCUGGUGAUGUUCGUUAUGGUAUGUGAAUGAUUUCUUUGAAGAUCAAAGAGAAGGGUUUUUUUUUUUUCUAUCUUUGGAAACUUAGAGAAGAGUGCUAUGAUUUUUGUUCUUUUGAUAUUUUUCUUUCACUUGGAAUAUGCUUGCCAUGCAUGAUCACACGAUAGUUGGGAUCUUUUGUAUGUCGGAGAAAAGGAAAGAAAAGAAAAGAAAAGAAAAGAAAAGAAAAGAAAAGAAAAGAAAAGAAAAAUCCCUUCUUUCCUUUCAUUUCUUUCUUGCUCUUAAACUCCUACAUAUUUUCCCAAGUUCUGUAUUUAUUGCACACCUUUGGAUCGCCUUCCAUUUA